CUUGAUAAUCGACUGGGUGAAAAACUGAACGAAUUCAUACAAACUGGUUCAACAUAUGUUAAACAUCAUGGUCGCCGUUAUCUUCUCCGCACCCCUACUUGCCAAAUUUUGAAACAGCUAAAUAAUAUUUCAUCCCCAACUCAAAAUUUUACUCUUCCUGAUGAUGUGGUAGUUGAACUAGUUCCGGCUACUCAGGUAGUUGCUUGGCGUGUAUUGGAAGCUGAACAAAAUCCCCGUUUACGUCUAAUUGUCGAUAUAAACCGUCAACUUUCGGAUGUUAUUAGCAUCACUGAGGUGAAGUGGACCCCUCAAAAUGAACUUAUUACUGCUUCAAGUUGA